GCCCCCACGUGUCCGCUGGAGUUUCUCCACCAGCAACAUGGCCGCUGCCUAAGAGAACAGCCGGGCCGCCGCCGCCUCUACAGCCCGCGGGUACCUAGGCCGUUGCCGCCGCCCGCGCGCGGCCCCCGCGGAGAGAUUGAGUCUGAGGAUCGUGCGGCUGGCCUCCCCCUAGUAUGGCCAAUGAAGAGGAUGACCCAGUCGUACAGGAGAUCGACGUGUACUUGGCCAAAAGUCUGGCAGAGAAGCUCUAUCUGUUUCAGUACCCUGUGCGUCCAUCCUCGAUGACCUAUGAUGACAUUCCACACCUCUCGGCCAAGAUCAAGCCCAAGCAGCAGAAGGUAGAGCUUGAGAUGGCCAUCGACACCCUGAACCCCAACUAUUGCCGCAGCAAAGGGGAGCAGAUCGCGCUCAACGUGGACGGCGCCUGCGCGGAUGAGAGCAGCACCUACUCCUCGAAGCUGAUGGACAAGCAGACGUUCUGUUCCUCCCAGAGUACCAGUAACACAGCCCGUUAUGCCGCCGCGCUCUACCGGCAAGGGGAGCUUCACCUGACGCCUUUACACGGCAUCCUGCAGCUGCGGCCCAGCUUCUCCUACCUGGAUAAAGCGGACGCCAAGCACCGCGAGAGGGAGGCGGCCAAUGAGGCAGGAGACUCCUCGCAGGACGAGGCAGAAGAAGAUGUGAAGCAGAUCACGGUGCGGUUCUCCCGUCCCGAGUCGGAGCAGGCCCGCCAGCGCCGCGUGCAGUCGUACGAGUUCCUGCAGAAGAAGCAUGCCGAGGAGCCCUGGGUCCACCUGCACUACUACGGUCUGAGGGACAGCCGCUCCGAGCACGAGCGCCAGUACCUCCUGUGCCAGGGCUCCAGCGGGGUUGAGAACACAGAGCUUGUCAAGUCACCCAGUGAGUACCUCAUGAUGCUGAUGCCGCCCAGCCCAGAGGAGGAGAAAGAUAAACCCGUGGCCCCCAGCAACGUCCUGUCCAUGGCCCAGCUGCGGACCCUGCCCCUGGCCGAUCAGAUCAAGAUCCUGAUGAAGAAUGUGAAGGUCAUGCCCUUUGCCAACUUGAUGAGCCUCCUGGGCCCCUCCAUCGACUCUGUGGCUGUUCUGCGUGGCAUCCAGAAGGUGGCGAUGUUAGUCCAAGGAAACUGGGUGGUGAAGAGCGACAUCCUAUACCCCAAGGACUCCUCCAGCCCUCACAGCGGUGUGCCUGCCGAGGUGCUCUGCAGGGGCCGAGACUUUGUCAUGUGGAAGUUCACACAGAGCCGGUGGGUGGUACGGAAAGAGGUGGCAGCAGUGACUAAACUCUGCACAGAGGAUGUGAAGGACUUUCUGGAGCACAUGGCUGUGGUGAGAAUCAACAAAGGCUGGGAGUUCAUACUGCCUUACGACGGAGAGUUCAUCAAGAAACAUCCAGAUGUGGUUCAGCGGCAGCACAUGCUGUGGUCGGGCAUCCAGGCCAAAUUAGAGAAAGUCUAUAAUCUUGUGAAGGAAACCUUGCCAAAGAAGCCAGAUGGACAAUCAGGGCCUGCCGGGCUGGUCUCUGGGGACCAGCGGGUCCAGGUGGCCAGAAGCAAGGCCCAGCAGAACCACGCACUGCUGGAACGGGAGCUGCAGCGAAGGAAGGAGCAGGCGCGGGCAUCCACGGUCCUGCCCGGCGUGCGGAUCAAGGAGGAGCCCAUGAGUGAGGAGGGAGAGGAAGAGGAAGAGCAAGAAGCAGACGAAGACGAGGAGCCCAUGGACACCUCUCUCGGUGGCGGCCUCCACAGUAGGCUGGCCAACGGGCUGCCUGGCGGGCGGGCGGCAGGCGGGGACAGCUUCAACGGACACCCGCCCUCAGGCUGUGCCGGCACCCCUGUGGCCCGGGAACUGAGGGCCUUCGUGGAGGCCACCUUCCAGAGACAGUUUGUGCUCACGCUGAGUGAACUCAAGCGCCUCUUCAACCUGCACUUGGCCAGCCUGCCACCUGGUCACACGCUUUUCAGCGGCAUCUCGGACCGCAUGCUGCAGGACACGGUGCUGGCCGCCGGUUGCAAGCAAAUAUUGGUGCCUUUUCCCCCACAGACUGCUGCGUCCCCGGAUGAGCAGAAGGUGUUCGCCCUCUGGGAGUCUGGAGACAUGAGCGAUCAGCACCGACAGGUUUUGCUUGAAAUCUUUUCCAAAAAUUACCGGGUACGCCGGAACAUGAUCCAGUCGCGGCUGACUCAGGAGUGCGGAGAGGAUCUGAGUAAACAGGAGGUGGACAAAGUGCUAAAGGAUAGAGUGGCUGCCUUUCCUGCUGAACACAUUUCUCUACUCCACAGGACUGCUGUGUGAGCUAUGGUGGCAUGUGGUACCUUAAAGGGACAGUACAGUCUUGACAGUAGUCCCAAACAACUCGCCCAGUGCAUCAAAGCCCCAGGAAGGACGGCGGAGCCAGCGGAGGUGGACACAGCCUCAACUGCUUCGGAAGCCAUGGAGCAAGAGGAACUGACCGUCCCGCGGCUGGGGCGUCGUGCUGUCUGCUGGACAGCGGGGGUCACCCUCAGCCAGUGGCAGGGUCAGCUUCAGUUAGGUCGCUCCCAGAAGAGGGCAGCCGGGACCUUCUUUACAGUAUAAUUUGAAAUUCCUGAUGUAUUUUGCUUAUUAUUUGGUUUCAUUCUCAUAAUAAAGAGAGUGUAUACUGACCACAGGCAGGCUGAUGAAAAUCAUGGUUUAAUAUUUUACUUUUCAAACUUAAUGCCAACAAGGUCUAAGUUAUGUUUACAAGAUGAACAAAACCUCAAGGUUUUAAAUAUUUUAAAUGUCUAGAACCCAGUGUGUAGUUUUCAAUUAUCUAUCUGCUAAGACUUCUGCCAAUUUCAUUAAACAAACCAAAUCGAA